AUGGGUUUGAGAUUGGAUCACAUCACUUUUCAAUCUAAAAAAUUCCCUGCUUUUGCUCUUCCACCAAUGGCUAGCUUCAGAACUCCCAAGUUUUUCAUGGCCUCCACAGUUCAUUCUGGCUCCAAAGAGGCUAGGAAUCUGAAAAAGGCUUUCAUGCCUCAUUGGGAGGUGCAUGAUCAGGUCACACAUUCCAUGCCACCGCAAAAGAUUGAAAUCUUUAGAUCUUUGGGAAACUGGGCUGAGAACAACAUUCUAAUUCACCUCAAACCAGUUGAGAAAUGUUGGCAACCCCAAGAUUUUCUUCCAGGUCCUGCCUCGGAUGGAUUUUAUGAACAAGUCAAAGAGAUAAGGGAAAUGGCAAAGGAGAUUCCAGAUGAUUACUUUGUUGUUUUGGUUGGUGAUAUGAUCACAGAGGAAGCCCUUCCAACUUACCAAACCAUGCUUAAUACCAUUGAUGGAGUUCGUGAUGAAACAGGUGCUAGCCUCACUCCUUGGGCAAUUUGGAUGAGGGCAUGGACAGCUGAAGAAAACAGGCAUGGUGAUCUGCUUAACAAAUAUCUCUACUUGUCUGGAAGAGUUGACAUGAGGCAAAUUGAAAAGACGAUCCAGUAUUUGAUUGGAUCAGGAAUGGAUCCCCAAAUAGAGAACAAUCCUUAUCUGGGAUUCAUAUACACAUCAUUCCAAGAAAGGGCAACUUUUAUCUCUCAUGGGAAUACAUCCAAGCUUGCCAAGGAGCAUGGGAACAUUAAAUUGGCUCAAAUAUGUGGUUUCAUUGCCUCAGAUGAAAAGCGCCAUGAGACAGCCUACACUAAAAUGGUUGAAAAGCUGUUUGAGAUUGAUCCUGAUGAAACUGUCAUGGCCUUUGCUAACAUGAUGAGGAAGAAAAUCACCAUGCCAGCUCACUUGAUGUACGAUGGCCAAGAUGAUAACCUUUUCGACCAUUUCUCAGCUGUUGCACAGAGACUUGGGGUUUAUACUGCCAAUGACUAUGCUGAUAUUGUAGAGUUCUUGGUGGAUAGAUGGAAGGUGAAGGAGCUAACUGGGCUUUCAGCCGAUGGGCGAAAAGCUCAGGAUUAUGUGUGUGAACUUCCUUCAAGAAUUAGAAAGCUGGAGGAGAGAGCUCAAAUAAGGGCUAAGCAAGCACCCAGUGUUCCCUUCAGUUGGAUAUUUAAUAGAGAAGUGAAGCUCUGAAGUCUUAAAAAAAGAACUACUAUGUAUUUGCCUUUCCUGCAAGUGUCUUCUCAUUCAAGUAAAAACAGAGCUAUAGAAAAA